GUCCCGGUUCCGGCCCCACCUGCGGGUCCCCGGCCGCCCCGCCCCGCCGCGGCCGGCCUCGAUCCCUGGCCCCGCACCCCGCGCCUCGCUGCUACCGGGCGCCGUUCGCUCACUGCUCCUCCGUGCGGCCCGCUUCCGGUGGGGCCAGGGCGUCUCCGCCGCGGCUCUACUCCCGCGCGCUCAGCACCGCCGGCGGCGGCCAGAUGCAGGCGGAGCGAGGAGCUCGGGGAGGCCGCGGGCGGCGGCCCGGCCGCGGCCGGCCUGGCGGAGACCGCCACAGCGAGCGGCCCGGAGCCGCAGCGGCGGUAGCCAGAGGCGGCGGCGGCGGGGACGGAGGCGGACGCCGGGGCCGUGGCCGGGGCUUUCGCGGCGCUCGCGGAGGCCGAGGAGGAGGAGGCGCCCCGCGAGGCAGCCGCCGGGAGCCGGGAGGCCGGGGCGCAGGGGCCAGCGCGCCGGUUGAAGACGACAGCGAUGCAGAGACCUAUGGAGAAGAGAAUGAUGAACAGGGAAAUUAUUCUAAAAGAAAGAUUGUCUCUAACUGGGAUCGAUAUCAAGAUAUUGAAAAAGAGGUCAAUAAUGAAAGUGGAGAGUCCCAGAGGGGAACAGAUUUCAGUGUCCUCCUCAGCUCUGCAGGGGACUCCUUCUCACAGUUCCGGUUUGCUGAGGAGAAAGAAUGGGACACUGAAGCUUCUUGUCCAAAACAGAAUUCAGCAUUUUACGUGGAUAGUGAGUUAUUGGUUCGAGCCCUUCAAGAGCUGCCUCUCUCCCUCCGACUCAACGUUGCUGCUGAACUGGUCCAGGCCACAGUUCCUUUAGAGCUUCCUCAGGUGAAACCAAAGAGAACUGAUGAUGGCAAGGGAUUAGGGAUGCAGUUAAAGGGGCCUUUGGGGCCUGGAGGAAAGGGGCCCAUCUUUGAGCUGAAAUCUGCGGCUGCUGGCUGCCCUGUGUUGCUGGGCACAGACAACCCAAGACCGGGUCCUUCAACAGAUUCUCAGAAACCCACUUCCCCACUGCAGUCAGCAGGAGACCAUUUGGAAGAAGAACUAGAUCUGUUGCUUAAUUUAGAUGCACCUGUAAAAGAGGGAGAUAACAUCUUACCAGAUCAGACAUCUCAGGACCUGAAAUCCGAGAAAGAUGGGGAGGUGGUCCAAGAGGAAGAAGUUUGCGCAAAACCAUCUGUGACUGAAGAAAAGAACGUGGAACCUGAGCAACCAAGUACAUCCAGAAAUGUUACCGAGGAAGAGCUGGAAGACUGGUUGGACAGCAUGAUUUCCUAAAAAGGGGACAAAAAGUGCCUGAAGCAAAUCUUGGUUGCCUUCCAAGGGCAGGUGGGCAUAAGGCUGUCCUUCAGGCACAGCCAGUUUACAAGCAUGCCCCAAGCUAGUGCGUUCCAUUAUGCUCACAGCAGUAAAUGCCUACCUCUGUGUUUGACAUCUGAAAGAAUACACUGAAGCAGCUUGUUGCAUUUGUUUUUCUGGCUUAGUAAUCUAAUAGUAAUCUAAUAGAUUCCCUCAAGGGCAGGAUAUAUACUCUGGCCCUUGUUUCUAGCCGCCUUCCUUGCAGUGUUUACAGCAUAGCAGGUACUGCUGCUGAUUAAGAGAAUAGAUGCAAACAAACAAGGCUUGCAUUUGGCCAAAAUAAACAAAUGCUGGUCUGUCCA